UUAUUGUCACGCAUUAGCAAAAACCAACCAAAAAAUUACAAUUCAAAUCACCACAAACAUCAACAUUCACAAGUAACCGUAUGGAGGACGUCACAUUCUGCUUGUAGACGAAGUGCGCUCUGCGGAUCCGUGUCAGAACUGACAAGAAGGCCGGAUCGACUCACAAGGUCUAAGGGGAAGUGCUGCCUGCAGUCGUCUCCGGGAAGGAUACCCGUUCGCCGAGUCGGAAAGUUCUCAGGGGAAGGUAGCUGUUUUUCGUUUCGGCACUUCCUGAGGGAGUCAGAUACCCCUCGUCAGCCUCAGCAGGGAGAAGGUCUACCGCCGGGUACACCGCCACCAUCGCCGCGACUCGACAUGGCCUCGGCGUUGCCGGAUUUUGUUCAAGACCACCUUGUAAUGGAGCAGAGCUACCUCGGCUCUCCUUCUGGGAGUGGAGCCUUCCGGCUUGAAAACAUCCCGCAGCACCUUGCGGCAUUACAAAGGGAUGGCGAUUUUCCAGUCCGGGGCGACAUCCCCUUUGACCUCAUGGCUUCCAACAACCCUCAACGACAGCAGGGUUCUGAUGCUUCGGGCAGUAUCACUUCCAAUGGAGCAUCUGACAUACAAUCAUCUAGCAAACGGCUUCCUGAUUUCCUCAGCGAUGGUCCUAUCAGGCGUGAGACCCCGCAGCAGGCGAAUCCACUCCAGAUUGAAAACGAAAGGCUGCAAGAGGAAAAUGAAAGGAUGCGCCUUGAGCUCGAGAUGCUCAGGCAACAGCUCAGCCAACAAGUUCAGAGAAACGAAUCUCUGGAAGUUGAACUGAACAGGCAGAUGAGUCGAGAAAGGUCAAACCCGACUUUACACAAUAAUGAAAAACUUGAAGACGAAUUAUUCAAGAUGACAAAACGAGCUAUGGCUGCAGAGAACAGGGCUGCAAAGCUGAAAGAAUACGUUGAUUCGUUGUCGCAGGCACAGUGCGGCUCGAUGGGAGCGGCUUCGACAUCGGCGCAUCAGACUCAGAGCGAGCGUCUCGCCAGCCAGCUCCGUAACGCGGCCAACACGGCCGAAGUGUCGCUUCGCCAGCUGCUCAACGGCGUCGAGAACCUCCGCUACCUCGCCAACACGCUCGAGCCAGUCCAUCCGGCCAAGGUCGUUGCGUCCGACAGCGACGAAGACUACGACACCGAAAUGACAGACUCGAAUCGGCCAGGAGGGAGCUAUCGAUGAUGUCUAGAGGAUACUGUGUUGUGCCCAGAUAGACUGAUGUACAGAAAUACCAAUAAACGGAAACGAAAAAAACAAAAAAAUUGUAUAAAGUGAAUAUCCCGAUGUAAUUAUCAUGGAGUCGACCCUUGUAAUAUAGUGUUUUUAAUUCACUUAUAUAUAUAAAAAAAA